AGCACAAAUCAUCAAAAGACAAGAUCAUAGCGAGCGUUAUAUCAACUAGCUACUCCAGUCAGUUUUGCCGUAACAGUGUGGGAUCGUUUAUUGGCGUCGAGACAUGAAAUUACUACUGCUUUAUUCUCUGCUACGCUAUUUGCUUGCCUUUGCAAGCGGCGUCGGAAGUGGCAUCGGACUUUGGUCAUGGCUGCGUCCAAAGACAUGCCCAAAUUCAAAACCAGUCCCGGUCCCGGUGACGGAUGUCGGUAACUUUGUCGUGUCAGACGGCUCUAACUACCACUUCCUCAAUGACAUGUUGGAGAAGGUCACGCCCUCCGUCGUUCACAUCAAACUCUACCACAACUCAACUCGCCCCGGACACAACGUUACCAUGACAACCCUGUCUGGCUUCAUCGUGUCAGAGGAUGGAUUCAUCGUCACUGAGGCCCACACGGUGGUCAAUGCGGAUCAAAUCAAGGUGGAGCUGAAGAGCGGUGCUCUGUUUGACGCCAACGUCAAAUUCGUGGACGAGGCUAGCGACAUCUCGCUGAUCAAGAUGGACGCAGCCACAAAGCUGCCGUUUCUUCUCCUUGACCACUUGACGGACCUUCGGGUCGGCGAGUUUGUGGUGGCCAUUGGUAGAAAGCUCCCGCACCAGCUUGAUGUCAUCUCCGGACUUGUGAAAGGAGGGGCGCGGGAGAUGGACCUCGAGAACUCUGACAUGUUCUACAUCAAAACGGGCAUCGUUAUGGACUCUGCCAACUUCGGAGGUCCUCUCGUGAACAUGGAGGGAAAAGUCGUCGGCAUGAACGCCGGUCGGAUGGUGUCUUCUUUGGACGGUGCCAUCCCUUCGUUCAAGAUCAGUGAACUCCUAACUAAGUCCAAAGAAGGAAAAGGAAACAGGAAGUACAUUGGCGCGAAGAUGAUGAGCAUCACACCGGCGUUGGCUGUGGAGCUGAAGGACAGAGUGGACGACUUCCCAGACGUGACGUCUGGCGUUUACAUCAUCAGCGUUUUGGGGACUCCCGCCGAGGUCGCCGGCCUGCAGCGCCAGGAUGUCAUUGUCGCCGUCGACGGCGAGCCUGUGAUGUCCACCGGCGAUCUCGACGCCGCCAUGAAGCGAGACGACACACUUCAUGUGGUUGUGAAGCGGGGGAAAGAAGACGUCAAUAUCUCCAUCGUGCCCAAGGAGUUUGACCCUUGAACCCUGCAAGUCAAGUGAAGUUGGUGUGAGACAGACGGAAGACAGAAGACAGGGUUGGAUGGAAGCGAUUGAUUUGCUGUGACGACCCCGAAAAGCCGAAAGAGGAAGAAGAAUUAGCUGAUUAGCUGGAUGUAUGAAUGAGCGCCAGCUCCAACUUCUGGUGCCGAAGACGAGACUUAGGACCAGAGGAGACCGCGUCUUGGCCCCAAGCUGUGGAACUCUCUCUCCCCCUCCCAAGUAAAAAAGGCCCCCCCGACAUCGAAAGCUUUAAGUCUCGUCUUAGGCUUUUAACUCGGAGUGAGUCGUAUGGUCCUGUGUCUUUUAGUUCUUUCUCUUUAUUUUAAUUGUUUUUAUUUUUUUAUACUUUAAUUGCUUUGCUUCUUGUUUUAAAUAUUGUAAUAUCUAUUUUACUAUUUUAUUUUAUUAUUUGAUCUUUUAGUUUUGGAUUAAAUUCAAUUUGUACCUUUAUUUAUUGUAUUUUAUUUUUACUUUUUAUUUUACUAGUCUGUGCAGCACUGUGUAAACUUUGUUUAUAAAAUGUGCUAUUUUAUUUAUAUUUAUAUUUAUAUUUACAACUGCUUUGUGUGGUUUUGUAUUUGUAUCCUGCCCUUGCUGAAUUCUGCAAUAAACUUAUUUCCUGAGUAUUCCAAA